ACCAAUCAAUCAUAGACACUCACCGGCGAUAGCGACUCCGCAGAUUUUUCGCAGAUGGUCUCGACUUUCUUGCCCAACGGUAUCGGGCAAGCGUGAGCAGUCGACUCGCUCGUCUCUCGGAGGUUCCUAGACUUGGUGGAAGAGCGUCGUCUAAUGGCACAGGCCCAAGUCGCGUAUAAAACUCGCUAGUCAAGACAUCUAUUGGGUCACCAGCAUUUUUUGGCACAAUCAUGACCACUCCCAUCCCUUCGCCGCCGUCCAUCCCAUUUCUCGGCCAUGCAGCUAUGAUCGACCGCGAGGUAGCCAUCAGCUCCUAUCAUCUCCUCGCCAAGCAGUAUGGCGACAUCUACCAGCUCAAUUUGCUUGGCAGCAACGUCGUCGUCAUCAGCUCUCAAGAGCUCCUGCACGAAGUGUCGGACGAGAAGCGAUUCCGCAAGGUCCCCCGUGCGGCAUUGGUACAGACACGCAGCGCCGUCGGCGACGGAUUAGUUACGGCCUAUGUCCCGGAAGAACAAAACUGGCACUUGGCUCACCGUAUCCUCAUGCCCGCGUUUAGUGCCAUGGGCAUCCGCAGCAUGUUUGACGAUAUGGUUGACGUCGUCACUCAGCUCGUCGACAAAUGGGAAAGGUUUGGACCUCGUCAUAAGAUCGACCCUGCUCAAGACUUUACUGCCCUCACCUUCGAUGCAAUUACCCUUUGCGCGAUGUCCUAUCGCAUGAACAGCUUUUAUGUCGAAGGUAUACAUCCAUUCGCGCGAGCCAUGUCCGACUUCCUCCUCGAGAGCGGCAACCGCGCCCUCAGGCCCGGAGUCAUUCAACCGUUCAUGCGUGGGACAAACUCAAAAUACGAGGAAGACAUCAAGAUUAUGCAAGGUUAUGUCGACGACAGUAAGCUUCCUACUCGGCCAACCCCAACCGACAAGAAAGACAUCCUGAACCUGAUGAUGCACGGGAAGGACAAAGAGACAGGGCUAAGCUUGUCGGAAGAAGCUAUCAAGAAUAAUCUCCUUACCUUUCUCAUCGCUGGACACGAGACCACAUCUUCCAUGCUAACCUUUGUCCUGUACUACCUCCUCAAGAACCCCGACGAGAUGCACAAGCUGCGCGCGGAGGUCGACACCAAGAUCGGACGCCGCACGAUGUCCAUCGACGACGCCCACAAACUCCCUUACCUUAUCGCGGUGCUGCGUGAGGCGCUGCGCCUUGCGCCGCCAAUCGUGCUGCGCAGCACGGCGCCGUACGCGGACACGACGCUACUGCAGGGGCAAUACGCCGUGCCGAAGGACACAGACGUCUACUGCGGCGAGUUCCGGCCCGAGCGGAUGCUCGAUGGCAGGUUCGAGGCACUUCCACCCGACGCGUGGCAGCCAUUCGGCUUCGGCAUGUGCGCCUGCAUCGGCCGGUCGUUCGCGUGGCAGGAGGCCCAAGUCACGCUCGUCUACCUGAUGCAGCGCUUCACGUUCUCCAUGCACGACCCGGCGUACGAUCUGCAGCUGCGGCAGACAUUGACAAUCAAGCCGCACGAGUUCUACGUCCACGCGAUGCCGCGCACGGACCGGCCGGCGGAUGUGCCCGUGUGA